AUGAGAGACAACCUUGAGCAGAUCACAGCUGAAAUACAACAACAGAGAGAUGAUGUAGACAGGGCAAUGGGAGAAUUAAACAUCAAAAAGAAUGAACUGCAAGUAAGCUCUAUAGAGGUGAAUAAACAGAGACAUGAGAUGUCAAAUGAAAAGAUCAGGAUGGAACAAGACAAACAAAACAUUCAAGGUGAAAAGGCUGAACUGGAACGGAUCAAGACUGAGUUACAAGAAAGGUCGGACAGUCUAGAUCAACUCAUGGACAUGACAAAACGAGAAAAGGAGGGCCUUGAAGUGAUUUCUGGCCAGAUUCAGAAGGAAAGAGAGGAUAUUACAAAACAAAAGGAAGAUGUCAAGAAUACAACACAGGUUCUUGAGGCAAUGAAAGCUGAAGUUGAGUCAGAGAAACAAGGAAUUGAAAACAUCAAGAAGAUGCUGUCAGAUGAAAGAGAUGACCUAAAACAGAUGAAGAUUGAGUUGGAAAGCCAAAACCUAGACAUUGACAACACCAAGGGUAGGAUUAGACUGGCAAUGGAUGAGCUGGAAGAGACGAAGGCUAAAAUGGAAAAAGACAAAAAAGAAGCAGAAAAGCACAUGGCUGAAUUGAAAAAGGAAGAGCAAGACAUUAAGGAAAGUAUCAACAAAAUGAGAGACAACCUUGAGCAGAUCACAGCUGAAAUACUACAACAGAGAGAUGAUGUAGACAGGGCAAUUGGAGAAAUAAACAUCAAAAAGAAUGAACUGCAAGUAAGCUCUAUAGAGGUGAAUAAACAGAGACAUGAGAUGUCAAAUGAAAAGAUCAGGAUGGAACAAGACAAACAAAACAUUCAAGGUGAAAAGGCUGAACUGGAACGGAUCAAGACUGAGUUACAAGAAAGGUCGGACAGUCUAGAUCAACUCAUGGACAUGACAAAACGAGAAAAGGAGGGCCUUGAAGUGAUUUCUGGCCAGAUUCAGAAGGAAAGAGAGGAUAUUACAAAACAAACGGAAGAUGUCAAGAAUACAACACAGGUUCUUGAGGCAAUGAAAGCUGAAGUUGAGUCAGAGAAACAAGGAAUUGAAAACAUCAAAAAGAUGCUGUCAGAUAAAAGAGAUGACCUAAAACAGAUGAAGAUUGAGUUGGAAAGCCAAAACCUAGACAUUGACAACACCAAGGGUAGGAUUAGACUGGCAAUGGAUGAGCAGGAAGAGACGAAGGCUAAAAUGGAAAAAGACAAAAAAGAAGCAGAA